UAUCAAGUAUACCGGACUAAGAUGGAUUAUAAGCAGAUGGUAUUAUGCGGUGUGCUGGCUGUAGCACUGAUGACAUCGGUUGCCAUGACAGCUCCUCUGGAACUCUGGGAGAUCGCUGCCUUGGAUGACCUCUUGGACGAAGCCUACGCAGAAGCAAUAGCAGAAAUGGACAGUGGAAGCGUGAGCAAAAGAUCGUCAUGGAACUAUUGCCGACAUCACGUGACUGGGAAGAUGUGUAAAUGUUCAUCAUUGUUUGGUCUAUCAACACGAAGAUAUUUCGAAUGCGAAGCUCCUCCAUACCUUAACAACCCUUGGAACAGAAUAACACGCAACUGGUGAUGUCAUCACUACGUCAUAUGUUAUCAUCUUGGUGUAUUAUAUAUAUUUAUAUCUUGGCUAAGAGUAAUUUUAUCCACCUUCGUAAAAUUAUAUAUGUUCUUGUUGUUUUCUAUCUAUUUUCCGAUCAAAAAUUCGAAACUUUUCUGUCCUCUGUACCUUUGCCGUACUCAAGUAUUGUUUCUGUGUACUAGAGAGGAAAAGAUGGCGGAAUUUGAGGCACGGGGAUAAUAUACAUAAUUUCGAAACGAACAAAAGCAUAUAAAUAUUAACAUCUCAAAAUAAAAAGAUAUAUAUUAUUUUGUGACAAUGAAAAUUAAGAAAACACAAUAGGUUCAUAUUUUACCGUAUUCCAAUACUAUCCCGUCCUUUAUCUUUUCUUUUUUUCUAUUUUUUCAAGGGGGGGGGGUGGGGGUUCAUUCACCUUCUUCUCUCAUUCAUCUCCUUACCACCCCUUUUCCC